UUAUAACAAGGAAUAUGCACAUUGUGUGGAACUAGGGAUUAUGUUUUUCCUGUUUUGUUCGGAUGAUAAACAAAAUACGUAGGAAGAUCGAAUCAUCUAAAUAAAACAUAUUACAUAUACAAUAGAUCAUAAAAUGAGAGAACUUUAUUUUGAAACGUGAUGGCGACGAAGAUGGCGAUCUAGAUCUACGAUGAUCUCACGGCGUUGGAAUCCUGGGAUUCGGGGUUUUUAUGAGGGUUCGAUCUCGCAUUCUGUGGUUAAUCUUCGAUGGCUUGGCUUGGGGAAGUGGUAUUUGGGGAAAACUCAACGAUUUGGAAUCUCCUCGAUUUGGAUUUUGAUUUCGAUCCUCUUUAAGACGGAAUCAAAUCCUUAUAGAGAGUCAGCUUUUGUGUAAUGUGGGGGAGGUGAAGAACACUGAAGGCGCUCGCAAGAGGCUGAAGAUCUCUGUGCCCCACUUCGACAAUUCAGCUUGGCCGAUGUAUGAAUCCUGAGGAACAGGAGAUGAAGGCGCUGAUCUCGAAUAUGCCGAAGAUCUGGAAAUUGGAGGAGAAGGUGGUGGGUACAGACUUGGGUUUCAGGAAGUUUCAGUUUGAUUUCCAGAAAGAGGAGGAUAUGGCAGGGGUUCUCAAGCUCCAGCCGUUUCACUUUGACUACUGGAUACUCUCUCUGGCACGCUUGCAACCAAAAAAGUCCUUGCUAUACCCGUUUUUGAUUACGUUAUGGGUGCGUGUGAUAGGCGUACCGGAGGAAUUUAAAACAGAACCCACUUUCGAGAGCAUUGGCAAUGCUAUUGGAAGGACGGUAGCUGUGGAUGUAGUUCAAUCCCGAGUUCAAGUAGUGGUUGAUGGGUUCAAGGAGCUCUGUUUUGAUACGACGGUGGAUUUUACAGGCGGGAAAUUCUAUGACGGCGAGGAAGUUCCAGUGUCGUUGCGAUACGAGAAAUUAUUUGGCUAUUGCCAAGUGUGUGGUAGUCUUUGUCAUAAGGAUGAAGUGUGCCCAUUAGAUGAGAAGAACAAGAAGAGGAGUCCGGAGAGGAAACGGGAAGGCAGAGAUGCAAACGGUUCGUGGUAUGAAGGUGGAAAGCAUGAGGAUAGGGCGAGGAGCUACAAGGGUGUUGUGAUAAACGGGAAUGUGCAGAAUAAGGAGAGAGAUGGGCGUGAUUACUAUGGCAAAGAUAAGGGUAAAAUGGUGGAGGAAACAUAGUUUAAAUGGACAAAAGUAUUAGAGAAAGGAAACAAGAGGGCAUAUACCAGUCGAGGACACUAUAGGGGAGAUGGCGAUGCUUCUCGUAAUAGACCUGCAUGGAGAGAGGAUACACGAGGUGAAGUUCAGAAUGAACAACCAAGAGAGCAAAAGGAGUACAGAGGGGCACAUGAGGAAGCUCGAGAGGAGGGAGAGAUUCGGAAUGCGGAGGAGCGGGUGGUUACAAUGCCAUCUCAAAAAUUUCAAGAGGAACUGGCCAAAACUCAAGCUGAUGGAACAGAAGCAAUUUUUGAUCCUAUAGAGGCGGAACAAGGCUUAGUAACGGUACAAGGCAUGAUGGAGAAUCAAUGGGAGUUAGAUGAUGAGGACGUGAUGGACAUGGACGAGAUCAAGGCGCAUCUACUUGAGAACAGAAUAGAUAUGGAUGCUGAGGAUUUCAUGGAGAAUUUUUCAGAGGGAGAGGCUGAGGAGGUGAUCAAGGAAGGUAAUGGCAAGGAGGAAGAAAAAGUGGCGUCUGUGGAAGAGGAGCAAGGUCAGAUUGGAGGUGGUGCAGGGAAGAAACAGGGGUUACGUAAGCGCCUGUUCAAACCUGCGUUAAGCACGGUGGGGAGUUCUAAGAUGCGGGUUUUCAAUGCGCUGGCGUCUCCAAGGAAAAGAGCUGGAGCUAAGACAGGAACAAGGCAAGGAGAUACCAGUAAGCAAACAGAGAUGAAGGGUCCUUUAAACCCGAAAUCUGGACAGCAGAAGCCUUGAGUUUUAUGGAUAGAGUCCCUCUACAAGAGUGGUUGAGCAAACCGGGUUUGCUUUAUGGUCUGUUUAAGGGUUUCGUUUGUUCUUCGGUUUUAAUAAGCUUUAGAAGUAUUUGGUUUUCAUUUGAGUUAAAGAAUAAGUUGUGUCUGGUCUUUGUUUUGUUUUCAUGCUUUUUGGUUAAUCUUUCUCUGGAGAGAAAGCAAUGGAUUAAUAAAAAUGCGAUGUGUCUUUGGUAUUGCGGUUUCUUUGUUUUGUGCUGUAUUCGGGUUUGGUAUAAUGGUGACAGUUCUCUUCAGGAGUAUGACUGUUAUGUUGAUAUAUUUAGGUACCGGAAUAUAGUGAGUGGUGGUCUAUCUGGUUUCUUUGGUUUACUGAUGUUAACUAGAAGUCUCAGGGUACACUGGCUUGGCUCGUAUUUGUGGCAGCAGAGAGGUUGGGGUAUAGAGGUGACGCAAUGGUGGAUCAUGCUGUGGAGGUGGAAUGGUCUCGGAGUAAUAAGUCAUUCUGUGGUGCUUAAUAUAGACGAGAAGGCUAUUUUAGUUUUUUGGUAGAACUGGUACUUGGGGACUAAUGGAUUUAGUACUUGGGUUUAUAGGGUCUUGGGGUUUAAUAUUACUCUUUUGUUUAUCGUAUGGUGUUGUUAUAUUUUUCAAAAGGGGAAUGUAAAUUGUUUAAAAAGGUUUCAGUCUGAUUCCUGGAUAUGUGGAAGAGUUAUAUGUUUAUCAGGUGAUUGGUUAAUUGGACAAGGCAUUGUGGGGUUUAAUAACCUUACCGUGAGUAUGUUACGAUAUAUUCAUAUCGGUCAUGUCUCAUUUUGCGAUAGAGAGGUUUCGUUGUUCUAUGUUUCGAAUGAGAUUUGGAUAGUGGCAAAGAUGAAGAAAAAAAGGGUUGGAGUGGUUAUGGUUUGUUAUGGAUUUGUCACAAAGGGUUUCAUUACACCCGCUGGUUUCUGGCUCUCCGGAGUAAAUAAAAAAUAAUUUUUUAAUGAGAGUUUUAAGUUAGAAUUGUCGAGGAAUGAGAAAUAAAUGGACUAUAAGUUAUUUGAGUGAAAUACGGCAUAAACAUAAACCAGAUUUUUUAUUUCUCGCAGAAACUAAGCAAGAACCAGAUUUUGUUCAAAAAUUUCAAGCUCACUUUGGUUAUGAUAAUUUGGUGACAGUUGAUCCAUUGGGGAGAAGUGGAGGCUUAGCACUUUUUUAUAAUAACGAGUUUCAGGUGAAGGUAUUAUAUUCUAGCAAUCAAUGAUUGAUGUAGAAGCAGAGGCUCUUGGCAAAAUGGUUUAUCUUACUUUUGUAUAUGGGGAUCCAGUUCAAAAACUACUGGAGCAAGUGUGGGAACGGUUAACUAGGUAUGGACUAGCGCGAUCUGAACCAUGGUUUGUUAUUGGAGAUCUCAAUGAGAUUACAGGAAAUCAUGAAAAAGAUGGGGGAUCUAUCAGGAGUGUAGAUUCUUUUGUUCCAUUUAAUAAUAUGAUAAGAAAUAGUGGUUUACUCGAAUUCCCGGCCCGGAGGAACAAAAUGUCAUGGCAAGGGAGAAAAGGAAAAGGAAAAGGGGGUGUGACGGUUAGAUGCUGUCUAGAUCGCGCCUGAGCAAAUGAAAAAUGGCACACUUUAUUCCCAUGCUCUUAUACAGAGUAUCUUGGAAUAGUGGCAUCUGAUCAUCGCCCAGUGGUGGCAUAUCUUGAGGAUAAAGUCACCAGGAGGAAAGGACAAUUUCGGUUUGAUAAGAGGUGGAUUGGACAGACAGGCCUCAUGGAAUCAAUUACAUCAGGUUGGAUAGAUCAUAAUGAAGGAGGAAAUGAAGGGAGAACACAUAAUAUAGUGGAAAAAAUUAGUAAUUGUCGUCACGAAAUUGCUAAGUGGAGAAAAGAUAAUCCUCCUUAUGGAAAGGAAAAAAUUAACGAACUACAACAAGCCCUUGAGGAGGUGCAAACAGAUAAUUCUAGAUCUCAGGAGGAUAUUCUGGAGGUCUCUAGGAAACUACAUGAUGCAUAUAAGGAUGAGGAAGAGUACUGGCAUCAGAAAAGCCGGAAUAUGUGGUAUGCAUCUGGGGAUCUUAAUACAAAAUUUUAUAAUGCUUUAACAAGGCAAAGACGGGUUCGCAAUAGAAUUGUUGGUUUACAUGAUGUGGAUGAGAAUUGGAUUACGGAGGAAAAUGGGGUGGAAAAAUUGGCAAUAAGUUAUUUUGAGGAUCUAUUUACUACCACUUCCCCAUUGGAUUUUGAUAGUUUUCUUUCAGAGGUUACACCGACCAUUACUCCUCCGAUGAAUCAACAUUUGUUGAGAUUAGCGACGGAGGAGGAGGUUAAAGAAGCUUUGUUUAUGAUGCAUCCAGAAAAGGCGCCAGGGCCGGACGGUAUGACAGCUCUUUUUUUCCAACAUGCCUGGCAUAUUAUAAAAAAUGAUUUAGUGGAGAUGGUGAAUAAUUUUUUGGUUUCGGGAGAUAUGGACACUCGGCUGAAUGUUACUAACAUAUGUAUGAUCCCAAAAACAGAGAGACCAACGAGGAUGACAGAAUUGAGGCCAAUUAGUUUAUGUAACGUGGGUUACAAGAUUAUUUCGAAGGUUUUAUGCCAGCGAUUGAAAAUCUAUCUUCCAUUGCUCAUAUCAGAAACUCAAUCGGCUUUCGUGGCCGGAAGGUUGAUUUCUGAUAAUAUCCUUAUCGCUCAGGAAAUGUUUCAUGGAUUACGGACCAAUAAAGCAUGUCAAGGAAAGUAUAUGGCAAUCAAAACGGACAUGAGUAAAGCAUAUGAUAGAGUGGAAUGUGACUUUAUUAGGGCAUUAUUAUUAAAAUUAGGAUUUGACCUUCAUUGGGUCAAAUUGAUGAUGGAAUGCAUAUCGUCGGUUCAAUACAGGGUUCUCAUAAAUGGUCAACCACGAGGUCUCAUUGUUCCCCAUAGAGGCCUACGGCAAAGAGAUCAUUUAUCGCCUUAUUUAUUUAUUUUAUGUACAGAGGCUUUAAUUGCAAAUAUAAAAAAGGCAGAGAGGAGCCAACAAUUAACAGGGAUGAAGGUAGCGAGAGCUUGUCUGACGAUAUCACAUUUGCUUUUUGCGGAUGAUAGUCUUUUCUUUUGUAAAGCUCAAAAAGAGGAGUGCCAAACCAUUCUUCGGAUUUUAAAGGAAUAUGAGGCAGUAUCAGGACAGUUAAUCAAUUUUGAUAAGUCCUCAAUUCAAUCUGGACACAAGAUUGAGGAGUCUAUCAGACAAGAAUUAAAGAAUAUUUUGGGUAUUCAAAAUCUUGGAGGAAUGGGAUCUUACCUUGGUUUGCCGGAAAAUAUGGGGGGUUCAAAGAUUCAGGUUUUUAGUUUUGUACAAGAUCGGUUAAAUAAUCGAGUUAAUGGAUGGACGUUUAGGUUUUUCACGAAAGGAGGGAAGGAAGUGAUCAUUAAAUUAGUGAUUACAGCAUUACCAAAUCACACGAUGUCCUGCUAUCGGUUACCAAAGGCUACUGUAAAUAAACUGAUGAGUGCGGUUUCACAAUUCUGGUGGAGUCCAGGGGGAAGUACUAGAGACAUGCAUUAGAAAUCAUGGGACAAAGUAUGUGCAGAGAAAGAUGAAGGAGGUUUGGGUUUUAAGGACAUCAUUGAUUUCAAUACAGCGAUGCUGGGUAAACAAUUAUGGCGGCUGAUUGAAAAGCCCAAUACAUUAUUUUUUCGAGUUUUCAAAAGUCGGUAUUACAGGAAUGCUUCACCUUUGGAACCGGUUUGUUCAUACUCCCCGUCUUACGGUUGGUAGAGUAUUGUUUCUGCUAGAUCUCUGGUAAGCAAAGGACUAAUCAAAGGGUGGG